AUGGCUUUUUUAACUCGUCCUCCCUUUUUGGUCGGUUUGGUGGCACCGAACCGGAGGACCAGUGAGUGCCUCGCAAGCCUGAGAGGGGCGGAGACCCUGGCCGUGGAGGAGGAGAAGCCGCCCGGCUGGCCGGCCGGGCCCGAGGCGCGGCUCGGCGCGGUGCUGCGCGCGGGUGGCGUGGGCCGGGCUGGGCCAGCGCCCCUUCCCCCGCCGCCGCCGCUACCGCCGCAGGGGCCGUGGGCGAGCGCGGCCGGUGAUCGGGCGGACGGGCGGGCUGUGCGGGUUCCCUGCGCGCCGCACUUGCGCACGGCCCCUUGCGUAACCGUCAGCGCCGGGGAUUCCCUGGAGGGGGGUCACUCUCUUCAACCAUUACACACAGCCGAUCUCCGCCGCGCCUCACAAAAUGGCGGCGCCCAUGAAUCCGGCGGCGGCCGCUCCCCGGCCCCAUUUUGUGCAAGGCGAGAGAUCUGUCAACAUGGAAUACCUCCGCCGAGGACGCAUCCAACUGGGAAGCCCGCGUCCGGGGACGGAGUCCGCGGGGACGAUGUCGGCGACUGCCCGGCGCUCUCCUGGCUUCUCCGAGCCGGAGCCUCGGAGGCCGCGCGCGACGGGAAGGGGAGCCGGAGGCGGAGGCGGGCCGCUCCGGGGACUCGCGGCGGGGUGACAGCGGGCCGGGAUCGGGAGGGACGAGCACCGGGGGGCCCGCGGAGGCUUCAGCGCCGGGGAUGCAGAGUCGCGAUACCCGCAGUGGCGGACCCGGCGACCCGGCGGACAUGCUCUGCAGCCGCGGGCGCCGUGGGGACGGAGGCGGCUCGAGCCCUGACAUUUAAGACGUCGUCGGAGCAGAACCUGGGACUGAACUGUUUCCUGCAUGUUUAGAAGACUGUCGUUGUGAAUAUCCUGGGCUUGAAGAUAGACACACACCCAGUGGCCGAGGAAUCUGGGACGCCUUCCAUACAGCAACCGUACCUCCCGAGUACCUGGGACUACUGGCGUGCGCCACCACCGCCUGGCUCAUAAUAAUCCUCUCUCUAGUAGAAUCUAGAAGCCUCCAGCUUUUGCAGGUUAAAUAAUUUUCCUGGUCCCAAUCAGCAUCAGCUACGUGGCAAAGCAUAAUAGGCUGCGGGAAUUCAUGCCAGCUUGCAUCACAAACUGGAGGCACUCAGCUUUUC